AUGGAAAGGGGUUUGUUUUCAUUUGCUACAGUGCUCUUCCGCCGCCAAACUGCACCUGUCUCUUUUCAGCAAAUUAACAAGUUUCUCCCUGCCAUCCAACGAAUACAUCUUAUCGACAAAGGAACAGAUGUCUUGCCAGAUGCUCGAACAUCUAACACGGUUGUCAUCAUGAGUUACGACCAGAUGGUCAUCAAGAAAAAGGAGCUGGAAGCUGCCUGUUACUACGUCAUUAUAUUUGAUGAGUCACAUUUGCUGAAGGAUGGAAAAGCAAAGCGUACGCAAGCGGCUUUGCUACUGUCGAGAAAAGCGUCAAGGGUGAUUCUUUUAUCUGGUACACCAGCUCUGUCACGACCAGCUGAGCUCUUCUCACAGAUACGACUAGUAAACGAGCGGCUCUUCCCAAACUUCCAUCAGUUUGCUAUCCGUUAUUGUGACGGAAAACAAGGCCGAUUUUGCUUUGAGGCUAAAGGGUGUACCAAUAGCGAGGAGUUGACCGCCAUCCUGUCCAAGAGAGUAAUGAUACGGCGAUUGAAGUCGCAAGUGCUUACCGAUCUGCCAGAUAAGAGGAGAGAGGUGGUAUACCUUUCCGGCGACAAAAUCGAUGCUCGCAUGAGCAGUCUGCAGAAAGCAAAGAAGGCAUAUGAGACGACUAAACAACAGAACUCUGACGCAAAAGGCUCACACGAGUGUCUACUUGAAUAUUUUAGUCUGACAGGAAUAGUGAAGGCAGCUGCGGUUUGCUCCCAUAUACUUGACAAUUACUUCUAUCCAGAUGCUCCUAAAAGGAAAGUGCUAAUUUUUGCGCAUCAUCAAAUCGUGCUAGAUACAGUACAAGUCGAGGUCCAAAAACGGAAUUUGAAAUCGAUAAGAAUUGAUGGGCAGACAUCUUCAAAAGAUCGUGGAAAUUUUUGUCAAGCUUUUCAGGAUGAUCCAGAAGUUGAAGUUGCUAUACUGUCCAUGACAGCAGCUGGAGUUGGAAUAACGUUGACUGCUGCGUCUGUUGUAGUGUUUGCGGAACUGCAUUGGAACCCCGGGACUUUACUGCAGGCUGAGGACCGAGCGCAUCGUGUCGGGCAGAAGGAUAGUGUUUUCGUUCAGUACCUCAUCGCUAGAAAUACAGCCGACGACAUUAUUUGGCCUUUGGUACAGAGAAAGCUUGACGUGCUGGGUCAGGUAAGCUUUUGGUAG